AUGGAUCGAAGCCUAGACGAAACCAUUGCGGAACGCCAGAGAGCAGACACACGCUCUCGCAGAGCGCCUCCACCGCAGCAGCAGCGCCGUAGAGAAUACAACUACCCUCGCGAUGGCGUCAGAAAGGUGGGCGACACAGUCUCUCGUCCGAACAUCCUCUCCUCUCCUCUAGUACCCGCCUGUCCCGCCAGUACGAUUGAUCGCCGCAUCAUCUCGACUUACCUCACAUGUGUUGCUCCGACAAUUCGACGCGCCUCAGGCCAGGGACAGUUUGACAGACGAGCUAACCUAGAUCUUCCUCCCCCACAGCCUGCUAGGGAUGAUCGCACGAACUUGGACAAUGAUUGGGUUCACGACCGAUACGAUGACGAACCAGACAGGAAAGCAAUCACCGUCGCGAUGAAGAUCGCUCGGCAGAACGCGACAGCCAAACUCAGAGUCGACAAUCUACAUUAUGACCUGACAGAAGAUGAUAUUUGGGAUCUUUUCCAACGCAUUGCUCCGGUGAAGGAAGCUCGAUUACGCUAUGACCGCGCUGGCCGUUCUGAAGGGGUCGCCUUUGUCACCUAUGAGCAUGUCGCCGAUGCAAGAGCUGCGAUCCGCGAAUUCGACGGUGCCAACGCCAAAGGACAGCCAAUCCAUCUCACACUCCUCCCACUCCCGAGACGGGACAACCCGUUUGAUCGCGUAGAGAACCCCAAGAGCCUGUUCGACAGAAUUGAGGCACCGGCUAGCCGCAGUCGACGACGAAGUGAAAGUCCGAUGGAAGAACUUGACGAAGAGCGAAGAAACCGCCGCGCGCCCCGACGGGGUGGCCCGAGAGACCGAAGGAGUGACACCACCAAACCUCCUCCAGAGAACAUUGAUCGCUACAUCCCAGGUCAGCGCGACAGCCGAAGUUCAAGUCACCGCGGAGGACGGAGACCGGGUGAACGGAGGGAGCGCGCCGGCCGAGAUGGAGAGGGCCAUAAAUUGGUGAACGGCAGGCCUCGAAAGACCGCGGAAGAACUCGAUGCAGAGAUGGACGACUAUUGGGGACACGGCAACACGCACGAGGGCACUUCGGCUAACAGUGCCCCUGGGGCGCAAGAAGCUCAACCCGUUGCUGGGGAUGACAUCGACAUGAUUGAGUAA